UAUUCUACACACUACAAACGACAGUCCGGAUAACAGAUAUAGCUGCCAUUAUUUACACAAUGGCGAAAAAUUUGAAUUUUAAGGGACAAGGAGCAUAUUGGAAGGGCAGCGUGAAGAAUAAGACCAUAGCGCGCAAGAACAAGCAAUACAUCUCAGACCAACGUUGCCUUAAGGAAUAUAAAAAGCAACUUCGUUCAGUUGAACAAUCCACGACAUCUAGUAAAACUGAUUCAAAUAACUCAAUUGAAGUUGCUCAAAAUGUGACUUCCAUUCACCAAACUAGUUCAAGUGUUGGAGAUCACCAUGUUGAGAUUGUGAAACCUCAAAUUGAACGAGUCUAUCUACAACAUGACGAAAAUACAUCAUCUGUGAAUGGACAACAGCAAACAACAUCUAAAUCUGAAAUAUCACUUCAUAAAGGUGAUAGUAAGACUUCACCUAGAACAAGGAAGCGUGAUAAGAAACAUGUUGUUUCUGUUGCGGAUAGCGCAAAUGGCUCUAAUCUAGAUUAUGAUGAGCCACAAGACAUAAAUUCAUGCACUGACACUGAUGAUGUUGAACUACCUCAUAUUGACGGUAGCAGCUCAAGUAAUCGCAACGUUAUGACCCCCGAGGUUAAGAGUGACUUUGAUGCAACUUCAGUUGUUGACAACGAAAUGGAUAACGACAGCCAAGAUGCCAACAAUCUAUCACCCAAAGAGCCAGGGCAUGGUAAAUACAGUGGCGUCUACGCCAAAGCUCUCAAGCUCAGGGAAGAGAGAGCUAAACUCUUAGCUCAACAACAUAAUGAAAGGGUGGAAAAAAUCAAGCAAAAGAAACGGGAAAUCAGAACAAAGAAGCAAGCCAGAUACGAAAGGCACCGUUUGUUAGGGGAGAAGACUAAACGGGGACAACCUAUUAUGUCUAGAGUCAUAACACAUCUCAUGAAGAAUUUCGAGAGAAAACAUGGUUCAAUUAAAUAACAUCCUUUCCAACACACUGCAUAUGCAUUAUGUUGGUAAG